UGUGUGUGUGUGUGUGUGUGUGUGUGUGCGUGUGUGUGCGUCAUGGAGAUAAGUUUGUACCGGGCUGCAGGCAGCAUCUUCACCGGGCCUCUGUAGAGCUCAGCAGCCUGGUAGCACCACCGAGGGGGAUAGAAACACUGAAGGAGGAACUUUUUAUUUAUGUUUCAUAAUUUUAUUUAUUUAUUUUAAACCUUUGGAGGCCACGAACACAGAGACAACCUGAUGCUGGCGGACGGCAGACAGACGCCGGUGGCGGCCGCCCCCGUCGUGCACGGUCCCGGCGGCGAGGAGCAGCAGCAGCAGGGCUCGUGCCCGCGCAGCGCUCUGCUCGACCAGAGCCGGCGGCACCGGACCGCGUUCACGCGCGAGCAGCUGUCCCGUCUGGAGCAGGAGUACGGAAAGGAGAGCUACGUGUCCAGACCCCGGCGCUGCGAGCUGGCGGCGGCGCUCAACCUACCGGAGACCACCAUCAAAGUUUGGUUCCAGAACAGGAGGAUGAAGGACAAACGCCAGAGACACUCCAUCGCGUGGCCUCAUCCUCUCGUCGACCCCCUCGGAGCUCUCCUGAUGGGCCGAGCCUCUCCUUCCUCCACCAUGCCGUACCCCUUCAUCCCGCCCCACCUGCCCCUCCACCACUACUCCCCCCUGGCUCUCUCCUCCACGCCAUCCUCACCUCACAGUCCUUACAGUCCACCCAUGAGGCCCCUGGAUGCCCUCCGCCUGUCCCAGUACCACAGCAGACCCGGGGGGCUGCCUCCAACAGCAGCGGUCCUUUACCCCUCCUCCAGCCUCAUGCACCACUCUGCUUCAUGCCCCUGCCCCCUCUGCCUGCACUGGGGACCAGAACAGCUGCUCAAAGCCAGAGGGGAGGCGAUGGGGCUGAGCCGGCCCCGUAGUCCGAAGGUCCAUCCUCCUGGUCUGGAGAGGAGGGAAGAGGUGGUGUAAAACCCGAUGACAGCAGGCAGUGUGCUCGCUGAGAUCUACAUUAAUGGAAAAUACACAGAGGAGAUGACAAAGUGCAGCAGACCACAGAGUUUCAUUUGCUCCAGUGUAACUCUUAACAUCAGAUGAAACUCACUAACUCCUAGAAACAGGAGCUGAAAAAAUCUUCUCUAAAACUAUCGUCACAUGAGGCUGCUGACAAAUAUUUUUAUUUUAUUAACUUCAGUUUUUUAGUCUGAGCACAGACCUUCUAUUGAGUAUCAUCCCCUUCACUAUCUCUGUGGAAACCUGCAAAACUCAGUUUAAUCUGAGGUGCACUGACAUCCUUAACAUAUGGGCUAAAAUCAUGAAAACUCUUGUCUUUAUUCUAAGGAAUAUGACCUCUGUACUGUUUGCACAGCUUAGCUUCUCAACAAGAGGUUCUUCUUUUCAAUCUUCCUCCAGUUUCUCAUUUUUUCUCCAGCAUACCUUCUGCAGAAAGUCCUUUUGUAUUACUGUUGCCUUGGAAAGGAGAAUUUCUCUGAAAAAAUCUGAACUGAAUUGAAAAAUUACCCCACAUUGGACCAUUUAGGAAGGGGUUUGGGUGAACUGAAGUCACCUCAGAGCUCCACCUGUUAGAUGCCCCGUUGUUUUCAGAUUUUAAAAUGUAGGUUAAAUGUUGCAUUCUUGUUUACCCCUUCGUUUACAUAUUUUGCACUCAGCUUCAUGAACAUUUAUCCUAAUAGCAUAUGCGUCCUCCUGGGGAACUCAAAAUGCAAAUUUUACAUUCAAUGAAACAUUAUAUAUGAAGCUAUUAAAGUUGAGACAGUUUUAAGAUAUCAAAACUUGGAGAAAAAAAGUGGAACAAAUUACUAUUUCAACUCCACUGCCAGACAGAAACGAUAUUGGAAGAUUAUUUUUGUUUUUUUUAGAUUUUUAUUGUUUAUUUUUUUCUGCAAUAUCUGCACCUAGCAUUACAGUAUUGUUUAGAUUAUCAUGGAUGUAGUGAAACAAAAACACUGUGCAGACUGGGAUACAGAAACAUGACUAAGGAUUAGUUAAUGUGGAAAGACUGACUAAAGUUAUAAUUUAAAAAGGCAAAUUAUUAUUAUUUUUUUUUUUUAUAUUCAAAAGAUUUAUGAGCCAUCAAGGUAAAAACUGUUUAAUUGUUAAUUCUCAACUAAUAGCAGCAAAUGGUUGCAGGUCUACAUCGAAAAGUUAUUGCAGAAUUUCAGCAGAGUUUCAGUCCGAGUUAUUCAGACCAACCAAAGUUGAGAUACUCAGACUUUUUAAAAACUAGCUGAGUCCAGCUGAAGAACACUGGAUCCUACAAUUCCCAUAAUGCAGUUGCAAAACUUCCUGAACUAGAUCCACAUCUGUGAAACUCUUUGAAGCACCGUGUAUGACAGGCAUUUUAAAAAAAUAUAAUAUUAGACUUGGGAUUCAUCCUUCCAGGUUUUUCCUUUUAAUGAUGACAUAAGAUUUAAUAUAAAAAUCAAUGAAGGGUCGUUUGGCUGAAGUUUGACAGUCAGAUGCUCCUCAUUUUCCACUCUUCUACACAGACGGCGCACUAUAUACUGACAGAAUUCCAUAAUGCUGCAUACUUUAUUGGCUUAUUUACUUACAUUAUUACAUUUUGGAAGAAUUAACUUUGCUUCAGGACAUUUUAAACAUUUUUCAGUGUGUUUCCUUAAAGGGAAACUUUCUGUCCUCAUCCCCUUUUCUGAUUCACCUCCUACUAUUCCAUCUCCAUAUUUAUAUCUAGUGGUCGGUUCUUCAGAAUAACUGACGUUUCUGCACUUUGAUGUAAACCAAGUGGCUUCUAAAUGCUCCAGUUUGUCAGUUUCAGCUACAGAUGUUGUUCUCUGGGAUUCUUUUGGUCUUUUUCCUAACCAGGGAUGUUUUCAGCAACUCCCUCUGGAUAGAGACUCAAACAGGAUAGAGCCAUAAUGAGUAUGCACAUGGUACUAACAUGAUUCAGAUUUAGGUUAGGUGAAGAAAAAAAGGGAUAAAGACAGAGAAAAAACACUCAAAGGGACAUGCUGCAGCCUGUAGAAACAAGAGAUUUUAUUGUACAUAUUAUAGUUCUGAGAGUUGGUUUGUUCUCUGCUGUAAGAAUAAUAACUACUGUUUUUAUUUAUUUGUAGAACCAUGAAGUUUUAAGUAGCGUUCAUUGACAGGUUUGGUUAUAGGGUGAGGAGAGUAGAGUCAUAGCUGUUUACAUUUGAUUCAGGAACACAUAAAACUCCUAAUUAGAAUCAGAAACUCAAGGCCAAGAAUCACGCUGUAGGUCAGAGUUUCAGUCCUGCUGAUGUUAGAACACAUCUAUUGACAAGACUGAGAACACAAAGUGAGAUAAAACAAUGUUGUGUGAAAUCAAAGACUACAUCUUCUUAAAGAUAUUAGUUCCAUCCUUUUGUGAAGCGUCCUAAUUUGUUUUUUCUUGUGAAAGUGAGACACAAACAUGGAUAAUAAUCUCAUGUGUGCUAUGUAGAGUCAGGAAGGACAUCAUUAGUCUGGAAGCAAAGAGGAACAAAUAGAACCAGCAUACAAAUAUCAGUCUGAAAUUUUUAAUUAGUGCUUUUAAAAUUAAUUAAAUAAUGGAACUAUGUGUUGAGGAACAGCAGGUUUAUCUGUCAGUCCUUCUGUGCAACCAGGAAACCUCUCAGUGAGUCACCAAGCUGUUAGGUCAGUCUGGGGUCACUUAGAAAUGUCCUUAUUUUUGAAAGAAAAGCAUUUUUUUCAACAAAAAUAACAUUAAACGAAUCAUAAAUCCAGACUAGACAUUAUUAAUGUGGUAAAUGACUAUUGUAGAUGGAAACGGCUGAUUUUUAAUGGAAUAUCUCCAUAGGGGUACAGAGGAACAUUUCCAGCAACCAUCACUCCUGUGUUCUAAUGCUACAUUGUGUUAGCUAAUGGUGUUGAAAGGCUCAUUGAUGGUUAGAAAACCCUUGUGCAGUUAUGUUAGCACAUGGAGAAAAGUGUGAGUUUUCAUGGAAAACAUGGAAUUGUCUGGAUGACCCCAAACGUUUGAACGGUAGUGUAUUUCCAGAACUUAACUCCCUCUCAAACCAGACAUUGUGACCUCUCACUAUUCUAUUUGUGUAUUGAUUCAACAUCAUUACAGACUUCCUGGUUGUUGGAUUUUAGUUGGAGUAAAGACAUUCUAACCUCCAGCUCUGCAUGUGACACUAACAUAUGAGACUGAUGUGUAUCUUCUGAUCUUGGUCACUGAAAGAACAUAAUGUGUGGCACAAUAGUUCUUAACUUGAGGUAAUGAGGUCUGAGAUGUUUCCUGAUUUCCUGAUGAGACUGAAUAUUUCAUACUGAACAAGGUUUGAAUUAAUGUGUCCAUAAGGUGUUUUUAAGUCUCUGACCUUUGCUCACACAUCACAUUGGUUGUUCAGUGAUGCAAUGUUAACUUUCACAGCCAUAAACCUCCACACAGAAGCCUUCUUUGUCUUGCUGCUGACACCACACCCACAGCCAAGGACAGGCAAUUUAAAAGGAGUUUUCACUUCUCCACAUGGCCGUCUCAUCGAUUUGUCAGCAUUUCAAGAGUUUUGCUCCAAUAUUUAAUGUCAUUUCUUGAAUGGACACCAUUUGCACUCGCACUACCAGGAGAAGGAGGAGGAUGUUUUACUGUCAGGACAUGUGAAGGAAUGAGCUGUACGAACUGUCACUUUUUUAAAAGAUGUUAAACUAAUUAAUAAAAGAGUCAACACAG